GUUGUGAACAGCUAUGUUGCUUGAAAAUAAUAAAUAGAUAGGCUCAUUAAUUAAACACUUACGACAUAUACGAGAAAGCACCUUAUAGACGCUAUGGAACGAUUUUGUGUUGUUUUUCCCUUUUAAACGCAUCACUACCACCGCAUUUUCACGUGAUUUGUUAGUACUUGAUACCGCUUUCCAUUCGGUUCAUCCCUUUCCCGAAUCUGUCAAUUACUCACUAAUUCGGUAAUGAGAAAUCUGACAUAUGUCAAAUAACCUGUUUAGUGUAUGAAAGUAGCUACAAGACAAUCACUAAUAAAUGCCAAUGUAUUAUCGGUACCACACUUACAGGAUAAUUCGUAAAUUUCACGUAAAGAGUUCCGUGUCGUUAAGUUCACCAACUUAAUCGCAGACUUACGUGUUCGACUCGAAACUUUAAAAAAAAGAAAUCUUUCCGUAUUUUUAUGUAUUUCAAUUAAAGUCUUCUGUUCACUCACUCCACUCGUUCGAUUUUGGUAAUUCAAUUAUGAGUUCAUUGCCUCACAGUCAUACCAACAAAAUGUUUCAACGAAUUGUUACCAGAAUUGAUGAGCAACUCACUAACUGAUAUACUAUUGAAUAUUACAACGUAAGUAGAGAUUCUUACUACGAUUGGUAAGUCUCAAAUUAAAGGAGUGGGGUGGAGAAGUAUUUUGAUAGUGGUAUUCGACACCUAGCCAACUAGCGAGGAAUUUCUGUACUUAUUUUCUCCCUCCUAACACAAUGACACAUUUUUCGCCAAUCACAAGUCAAACAUUAGAAAACUACAUUUAUGAGCUAUGUGGGAUAAACAUUUAAUGCCCGGCUUGGAUACAACAUUUAUUAAUUUAUGACAUGACGAUUGCUAUUAAGAAUGGAGAAAAAAGAUUAUACUCCAAAAGUACAUGGUCCAUUGAAGACUAAAAAUUUUCUGAUUUUUAAUUCUUCAGUUUUUGAUUUGUAGUUUAAUAGCAAACUUAAAAGUGCUAAUACUUAACAGUGUUAUCACUUUUAUGCCAGUAGCUGUUUAGAACAAUGGAAAGUAACAACAAAUUAAGAAGAGCACCACUUUCAAUGAAACAGCGGCUUGAAAUCGUCCAGCAUUUGGAAAAUGGUGUACCUAUUAGUGCAUUGGCUACAGAAUACAAUGUUACUCCUGUAACAGUUCGUCGCAUUAGACGAAAUGCGGUGACAGUUAGCCAAUUUACUGAUCAAGGUGUUGACAAAGGACAUCGACGUACUCUGAGGAGGCCAGAAAAUGAGGAAUUGGAUAAUCGUUUAUACACAUGGUUUGUAGAACGCAAGACACUUGGCGAGCCAAUCACGGAUGUACGGAUGGUAGAAAGAGCAGCAGAAGUAAAUAGAGAAAUUGGAGGACCUUCAAAUUUUAAAGCUAGCAGGGGCUGGUUGUGGAGAUUUAAAAACCGUCAUGGUAUUAGAUUAUUUGGACAAAAUGUUGAUGCCAAUACAGCAGCUGCACAGCAAUUUGUAGAAACUUUUGCUAGACAACUAGAGGAAGAAGAUAUUGACAAGGAAAAUGUAUAUAAUAUGAAUGCAACCAGUCUUUCAUGGAAAACACUUUCCAAGAAGGUUUUUGCACAUAGCGGGGAGAAAAGAAUUGAAGAAAAGAAUAUGAAUAAAGAUCGGGUGACUAUAGGCUUAUGUACUAAUGUAACUGGAAGCCAUAAAUUGGCUCCUUUGUUCAUUAACAGAUUUGAAAAUCCAAGAGUAUUAAAACAUUGGAAGCAUCGGUUACCUGUGGUUUACAAAGCUCAACAACAAGCUUUCAUGGAUCAAAGUGUAUUUGCGGAUUGGUAUCAAAAUUACUUUAAACCAGAUGUGAUGAAAUAUCAAUUACAUAAUGGUACCUGUGGGAAAGUUGUCCUUAUUUUAGAUAAAUCUCGUGGAUACAAUUUGGAAUUCCUUGAAGAAUUGCAGAAAGAUGAACGUUUCCAAAUUAUAUUUCUUCCUCCAAAUACUAACCACUUACUUCAGCCCAUAGACCAAGUACUUGAGAAAACAAAAAAGUCUUAUCGUCAUAAGAUGUUAAAUAGAGCGAUGAGUUAUCCUGAUGGAAUUCAAGAAUUCUAUUCUAAUUAUGAUCUUAAAGAUUGUAUUCAUUUGUUGUAUGAAGCGUGGUUAGAAAUGAGUACCUCGGAUAUUCAAAGUUCAUGGAAAAAUUUGAUCAAGCAAGUCCCAGAAGUGUCAGGGAUAGAAGAUCCAGAGGAUCUAUUUGAAACCAACCUAAAAAUUAUGGACAGUGAGGAGCAAGAAGAAGGAUCUGCUGAUUUCCUAUCAAGAUGCAUCAAAGCUAAAGACAAUUCUUUUGAGAGAACUAAAAGUUUUUCUAAUGUUGAUAUUAAAUCGUCAUUAGGUACAUUACCGGAAAAAGAUGAAGUAAUAAAAGCUAUUAAAACCUUGUUGGUCUGGUCUAAAAAGGAACCAAAUUUUAUACAAAUGAAUGUAAAAUAUUUAAAAGAUUAUUAUAAACUAAGGUGAUGUAAUAUAGCCUUAGAAUAAGCAAUAUGUGUGGCUCUAAAGAGUGAUUAUGAAAUAUGUGAUAUCUAUAUAAAAUCUAAAUUGCAUACUUUAAUUAUAAUAGUAACCGUAAAUAUUUUGUAUUUAAUUUCAUCCAAUCAGAAUAAUUUUCAUUUAUAUAUUCAUUUAUUAUAUUUUUAAAUUAUAAUAAGAACACUUAUAUGUUUAACUCAGUAUAAACUUUGCUUUAUUAAUUGCUGUUAAAUAUAUUUCCACAGAAAAAGAUGGGUACAUAUAGAAAAAAUAAUUAUAAGUCUUUUUGUUACAAUUCUUCAUGGGUCAUGGAAGAUGAUCUUUCUGUGGGAAAACCCCAAAAAAAUGUAGGGUAUCCUUUCACUUCUCUUUCUCUUGCAACAAACGCUGAGAAAGAAGAAAUACAGUUCCCUAUGAAAUAAUUUGCUCUUCCAAGAAUUGCUAAAUCCAAAUGAGGAGAAGCAGGUGAAGUUUGUUUAAAAACUGAAACCUAUGAACAAACAACAAAACAUUCUUACAUAUACCCUUAAAAAACAUAUUAAUAAAUUUCUUACCUCCAUGCGUGCCAAAGCUUUAGUAAGUUCCUCAAUCAUGUAAUUGUUGUCAGAUGCCACAAAUACUGAUUUGAUGCCUUUCCCAUUGCGAAUGACACGUUUGAGAUGACGUACUAUUAAAUCAAAUGAUGGUAAACACAUAGCAGAAGUUGCUUUUCCUCUUUCAUUUCUAUAACCAAGACAUUGAGGUGCAGCAAAAAGAUUUGGUGUACUGGAUAUAAAUUCACAAGCACGAACCUAUAGACAAUGAAGUAUUUUAUGUCUAUUUUUGCUCAUUCUUCAUUUUAAUAUCAUAAUAAUAUUAUGGAGGUGACAAAAGUAUGUACCCAAUCAAUUCCAUUGCGUAAAUGAAUUCCUAUAAAAGCUCCCCUUGGUAAAGUUUCUUUUAUAAAAGCUUUUGCUUUAUUAAGCAUUUCUGUGUUCCAUUCAAGAUAUUUUUGAAACUUUUUAUUCUCUAGCUGAACAGGAAAACUGGCAGGUGCGCCUGUAAAUGCUAACACUGGCCAAUUUAUUGCUGGAUAUUGUUUCUUCCAUUGUAUUGCUAUGUCUGUGUGAUAAACAUCAUAGUGGAGUGGACCAUAAAAUUCUGAUUUUGUAAAAUCUAUAUUGUAUGUGUCCCAAAAUGGGCCAAAUGGAUUUCCCUCUUUAGCAUUACAUGAAUCUCCUUUGCCACGUGUGGAAUAACAGAAAGCUGAAAGUAAUAUACCUUAGAAGGACAUCUAAUUUUUAUAUUUAAUAUUAAAAACUUACAUACUCUUUCCUUAGGUUGCCAUAUUUUUGGUGCAAUAUCUUCCAUAAAUGUUUUCAUUAACAUCGCUUUGUGACAACUUUGUACUUGUGAAACAUUAAAAUAUGUGUUAAAAGGAACUUGUAUCUGAAGAAUUAAUUGAAAAUAUGUAAUUAUGAAAUGAGUACUUUUUUGUGAAGUAUUAAAAAUGAUUAUAUACUAACCGAUCUAGUUUCUCCUGUUCUAUAUUCAACCCAUGGCGGUAGAAUCAAGGUACGAUUUAAUGCUUUUGCAAAUCCUAAGGCACCUAAAAAGUGAUCUGCUUGGUUUCCAAACCUUCCUGAAUAAACAACAAAAUAAAGUGUUUGGAAAGAUUACCUUCUGUUGUAAGAAACAUGAUUUAAUUAAAAUCUUACCCAUACAUGGACAAUAAACAAUGUACCCAUUUGUAUCAAUAUCAAAAUUUUCGCAAUAUGUACUGUAAAACUUGGUUAAAAAUAAAAUAAAGAAAAUAAUACUGAACAUUCUGGUCGCAAUUUCUUGAAUUACCGGUUUUUUUUAAUAUUAACGAUUGAACGUAUCAUAUGUCUUCGUCUAAGAACCCAUUUAAAGUAAUCUAAAAUCUAAAUUAUAUCAACAU